AUGCAUCAACCUCUCAACACUCAUUCCACAACCAAAUCUGGAACGCGCCCUUCUUCGAGAUUAUCCAGUGUGAGGAAACCAGGAAUCAAGCCUGCCGACGAGAACGUCAAUCCUGUCAAGCGAAAGCCGUCGCUACUUGAAUUAACUGCCAAGGCCAGUGAUCCGACAGCCACACCGCCUGGGCCAAUCGCCAACAAUAGGAGACUCGACAACAACAACAACAAAAAGAGCACCACAACAACAUCCACCAUCAAUACGAGACCCCGAUUAGCCACGAGUCGAACCUCCACCAACACAACAACGAAAGCAACUCCCUCAAGGCCUGUUAUUCGCUCCAGCAACUCGCUGCCAGCAAAGCCAUCUCGUAACCCUCUGCAGCCCAGAGAUCGAAAUGUUGCGCCGCCGCCUGUAGCUGUCGCUGCUUCGCGUACUCCUGCACUGGCGGCAGCAGCCCAGCAACCACGACUUUCCCCCAGGCUCGCCACUUCGGCCAAGAUGCCGCCGGCUAAUAAUCCGCGGCAACCACAAAUGCCCACGCUGGCAAAGCCUGCACCACGGGCUCCUUUGACCCCCAAAAUCGCAGGCCCCAAACCACCGACCAGCACUCCUCAACCCCAACAGCAACGUCCCAUGGCUGCAGCAUAUUCUACUCCUUUGCCGAGACGAAGUACGGCGAGCAGACCAGAGUCGUCGCUGGGCAUCUCGGAGCUCCCCAGGGAUGAUACCACAUCACCUGCUUCGGGAAUGAUCGGCUACAUGAACGUCACGCCUAGAUCCGGCCCGAGGCAAUCUCGAGUCGACAGCACAAACUCGACUCCCACCGGAACUCCGCAAUCAGAACAGCAAGAGCCAUCUUGGGAUCCAAGAUCGAGCAUCACGGCUCCGAUAGAUAGCAAUGGUCCUAGGAGGCCUGUCGUGUCGUUCAGUCCUGCGCCGUCAGAUUCCGGACGACCGACUAUUGCCCGACCAAGCGCGUCUGACUCCAAAUUUUUUUACGCCAGCAGCGUCAAGGCUCCAGUCGGGAGCCAAAUACAACCGCCACCAUCAGCACCACCACUUGCAAGGGCGCCUCAACCAUUGCAGAAGGCAUCGACCUUUUGCUAUGCCAAUGGCGACACACUACCUCCCAAGCCCUCACCUGGACCACCACUGGUAUCCCCACAGUCUGCCACCUUUGGCCCUAGUUUAGGGCCGACUUCUGAUGCCGGAAUCUCGAGCAAAUUCAUGUAUGCCAACGGUGUACCGGAUGUUGCACCAACGGCACCUAAGCCGGGAUUUGUUUCUGUGUCGCGGCCGGGGUCUUCAAUGUCAUCUACUUCGAGAAUCCCUGGACGGCCUGCGAGUGUCAUAGCAGCCGCACCCUCUGCCAUUGGAUACGGUGCGCAGCGACCUGUAUCACCUCUGAAGCAACCUUUCUAUUCUGCUCCCAAGGCUCCAGUCAUCUCUCAAGCACCUACUAGUCACCCGACCCCACCUAUGAGCGGCUAUUCCAUGUCACCAAGUUUAGCAGCGAUGCGGCCCAGUCAUGAGACCUCGCCUGUCAUUCCAAGCAACAGUGGCUUUUUCGUCCCAGGACAUGCUCGCAACCGUUCGUUGACAGCCAUGUCGGAUGCGGCUAGCCGUGGUCUUGCUCCUCGUUCACCCUCAGAGACCUCGUCAGGUUCACUCACCGGGCUUGGUGUGGCUGGCCCGACUAUGGGCUUUGCAAGCCUUUUACAGGCCGCAGAUGAUUUUAUCGAGGAGACAGAAACCGAGAGCGAGGAUGAUAUUGAUCCAGACGAAUCGCUCGAUAGUAUAAACAGCACUCAGGCGAAGGAGAAGGAUCCUGUUGAUGAACUUGUUAGCAACGCUCGCCGCGAGCGCAAGGUGCAAGAUCUCGAAAUUACAAACGCCAGCCUCGAGGCCAUCAACCGCACACUUGAGCGUCAAUUACGGAAACAGACUGCUGAAUUACGGCGGUAUCGGAGGCUAUCUCGUUCAGGACGCCUCUCACUUGUCUCUGUUGGCAAGAGGAUAGCUUCCGAUUCUACAGUAGAAGGCCCGUUGCUCGACCCUUCCAGUCUUGGCUUGGAGGAUCUGAGCGAAGAGGGUGAAGGAGAUGACUAUCAAGACGAUCCAGACGCCAACGAAUCUCCCGAGGACUUUUCUGACUCCGAAUAUGGGUCGGGAUCAGGCUCUAGCCAGAUGAGCCCUAGCACUAUGGAAACACGUGACGCAAGACAUCGCAGACGAGACGAGAAGCGACUACAAUUAGACCUGACCAAGCACCAACAGCUCCUAAUUGAUAGCCAGAAGAUCAACCAGAGCCUUAAGCGUUGUCUAGGCUGGACAGAAGAGCUCAUCAAGGAGGGUCGCCGUGCACUCGAGUACCAGGUACGCGUUAGCGAGGUUGAGAUCGGUGGGCGAGUACUGGUGCGCAACGACGAAGAGGAUGAGGAUGGUGAUGGAAUGCACUCAGCUGUCGUUGUCGACUUUGGGCACGAGGACGACACCAUCACAAAUCUCUCAUUUAAUGGCAAGGGCCCACAGGACCGCGAUAGUGGCAUAGACCUGCCCCCUGAUGGCGGAUAA